GGUUCGUGUCGUUUCGUGUCGUUUCGUUUCGUUUCAUUUCGUCUCAUUUCGUCUGUGCUUAACCUGGCUUCCGGUUUGGAAGCAACGCUAAUAUUCCAUUGGUGUAGCUCGGCUCGGGGCUUCAACAGGUGCACAAGAGUCGCGUUCUGCCAGCGGGAUAGGAAAGCUAGUGAAAUUGCGGUCCUUUAAAUCUACGAGCAUCUCCAUGAUUACCCGCUUAAUUUGAAAGUAAUUUAAUUGCUGAGCAUCUGAGGAAUUCUUUGUGCAAUGAAUUGUUUACACCCAGCAAAAUAAACGAAGCUGCGAGUGGAUUCAGGGGAAAGUGUGUGUUAAACAUUACCAAGCAACCGCCUGACCAGAUUAACUGAAAAAAAGUGUUUUCAAUACCAUUACGACGGAAAGGCAUCAUAAUUCUAUAUUUAAUCGCCCAUGUGAUGGUGCGCGUCAUAUCAGUGGAAUAAUUUAUUACAGAAUCCAGCGCCGCCUUUCAUUCAUAGGGCAGAGCGGAAAUUGUGAGCUUACCACAAGAUGAGCAAACGGAAUCAUUCCAAUUAGAGAGGAGUACGAGUCAAUGACAGAUUGAGACAGCGAGGAAGCCAUGCGGCUCCCAUUACGCUCUUAGGAUCUGACGGAAGCGACUACUUACAAAAACAUGCCGAGGACGUGCCCGUCAAUUGAACUACUCUUCCUGCUGCUGCUCCUGCUGCUGGCAUUGCUCUGUGGCCAACAUCACCCAUACGCCCUGGAGGUGGAGGGGCCCCAAGAGAGCAACUGCCACGACAGCCACAACGGUUUCGAUAUCUAUCCCAAUCCCAACGCCAACGCCAACGCCAAUCCAAAUAUCAAUCCCAAUCCAACUUUGAUGCCAGCGACCCUGACACUGACACUUUCGCCCUCGCCCUGGAAGUGUUGCUGCUGGAAUGCAUCUAAUCAAAGCGAAGAGGUUGAAUGUCGCUGCGAGGGAGAGGACCUCACUCGUGUUCCCCAGACGCUGAAGCUCCCCAUCCAGCGGCUAACUAUUGCGUCUACGGGCCUGCCGCGCCUCCGUUCCACGGGACUGAAGGUUUAUGCCCCCACACUACUUGAUGUAGCCUUCACCGACUGUCUGCAGCUGGAAUUGAUACAGAACAGCGCUUUCGCUAACUUAACGCUACUGCGAACAAUCUACAUUUCGAAUGCACCCAAACUGUCCUUCCUGUCUAGGGACGUAUUUGCUGGCAUUUCGGACACAGUUGAAAUAAUACGCAUCAUAAACAGCGGGCUAACCAGCGUUCCGGACUUGAGUCACCUGCCGCCGUAUAACAUUUUGCAAAUGAUAGAUCUCGAUAAUAAUCAAAUCACUCGAAUAGAUACUAAAUCCAUAAAAGUAAAGACUGCCCAAUUCAUUUUGGCAAACAAUGACAUACGCUACGUUGAUGAUUCGGCUUUCUUUGGCUCAAAGAUAGCCAAGCUCUCUCUGCAGGAUAACCGAAAGCUCAGCGAACUGCAUCCGAAUGCAUUCCAUGGCAUUAUAGACAUAACAGAACUCGAUCUCUCUAGUACUGCGCUUGUGGGCCUGCCAUCAGCUGGACUCCAGACCAUCGAAGCAUUGUACAUCCAGAACACGCACACUCUGAAGACGAUACCCUCCAUAUACAACUUUCGGAAUCUGCAGCGGGCAUACCUCACCCACUCGUUCCACUGCUGCGCCUUCCAGUUCCCUUCGCGGCACGAUCCAGAGCGACACGCCCAGCGUUUGCGGGAGAUUGAGAAGAGGCGGGAGCUGUGCAACAGCGAGCGCAUAGCUGACUCAGACAAAACCGAAAAGGCGGUGACGGAUGCGGCCCCUAGCCUCUACGCUUCCUUCGACUACAUGGCGGAUACGACCAUCAACCUGGGCCAAUUCCACGAGCAGAUCACCAUUAAUCCGGACGAUGGACAGUCGGCCGAGUACUGUGGAAAUUUCACAUUCAGGAAACCUAAUGUGGAGUGCUAUCCCAUGCCCAACGCUCUGAAUCCUUGCGAGGAUGUGAUGGGCUAUCAGUGGCUGAGGAUCUCUGUUUGGAUAGUGGUCGCCCUAGCGGUCGUGGGCAACGUGGCGGUGCUGACAGUAAUACUAUCGAUUAGGCCCGAGUCGGCGUCGGUUCCGCGCUUUCUCAUGUGCCACCUGGCCUUUGCUGACCUCUGCUUGGGCCUCUACCUGCUGCUGGUUGCUUCCAUCGAUGCCCAUUCCAUGGGGGAGUUCUUUAACUAUGCCUACGACUGGCAAUACGGGGUGGGCUGCAAAGUAGCCGGAUUCCUCACGGUAUUCGCAAGCCAUUUGUCGGUAUUCACACUGACCGUGAUUACUAUCGAGCGCUGGCUGGCGAUUACACAGGCCAUGCACCUGAACCACCGCAUCAAGUUGCGCCCGGCGGCGAUAAUCAUGCUGGCCGGCUGGAUUUACUCCGUGCUAAUGUCCUCGCUGCCUUUGUUUGGCAUCAGCAAUUAUUCAUCGACCAGCAUCUGUUUGCCGAUGGAAAACCGCGACGGAUACGACACUGCCUACCUUAUUGCCAUUCUUGGGUGCAACGGCGUGGCCUUCUCCAUCAUAGCCGUGUGCUACGCUCAGAUCUAUCUCUCGCUAGGCCGCGAGACGCGUCACGCCCGCCAGAAGAACCCCGGAGAGAUGAGCGUCGCUAAGAAGAUGGCACUGCUAGUCUUUACCAACUUUGCCUGCUGGUCCCCCAUUGCUUUCUUUGGCCUCACCGCCCUGGGUGGCUAUCCGCUGAUAAAUGUAACAAAAUCCAAGAUAUUACUGGUAUUCUUCUAUCCCCUGAACUCGUGUGCGGAUCCCUAUCUGUAUGCCAUACUAACGUCGCAGUAUCGCCAGGAUCUGUUCACACUGUUGUCGAAAUUAGGUUUCUGCCGGCAGAGCGCUUUAAAGUACAAGCACAGCUCCUCCACCCACGCCACCUCGCGCUUCACCAUCCACGGAUCCAUCCAGCGGCACGGAUCACUCACCUGCAAGAUGCAGCCGGUGCUGGGCGUGGAGACACAGAGCAUGCUGAAGAGCAGCGAGGAUUACGUUUAAACUGAAGCUUAUGUAUUCUGAAUACAAUUCUCUUCUACCUGUUGUGAUAUAUGUAUACAUUUAAUUGUAAUUUUUUAUUUACGCUCUCUCCAUACUAAUUACAUAUGCUACAUUAAGUUUUUGUUAUCUGUGCCAGUGCAUCACAUUAUUGCAAUUGUUCUACCCACUAGGAUUGUUCUUUAAGGUUCCUUCUACAGUUACGCCUAAGACGACGAGUAUUUCAAAAGAUUUCAAUGAAUUAAACUUUAAAUAUACACAACAAG